AUGGCUGCAAACGCCCCCUUCCCUGCCGCAGACCACCCGCCGAUGAAACCACCGUUCCGACGACAGAAACCGAUGCAAAUCCUCGCUCUAGGAAUGUCUCGAACAGGAACUUUAUCCCUCUACACCGCACUCAACGAACUUGGAUACAACUGCUACCAUAUGACCGAAUGCUGCCUGGACUUCCGCAACAACUCGCUGCAACACUGGAACAGGGCUAUCGAUGUAAAGCGCCGUGGGUAUGGGACGGAAUUGAAGAAGAGACACUUUGACUUGAUGCUUUGGCGGUAUGAUGCCGUCACCGACUUCCCCUGUACACUCUUCAUCGAGGAACUCAUGGACGUAUACCCAGACGCAAAGAUAAUCCUCACAACGCGCGAUCUCGAAAGCUGGGUCCCAUCCAUGCAGCACAGUAUAUACGCGAUCCUCAAGAUGAAGCGGCUGAAGCUUCUGGCGUUAUUCGACUGGAAAUACACCCGCCCAGCCCUAGAACUCAUCCGCUCCGCGCUCACAAUCUGGACAGACGGAGUCCCAAGAGACCCAGAGAAUCUCGUAGCUGGGUAUGUGGCGCACAAUGCCCACGUCCGCGGGGCUGCAUUUCAGCGCGGGAAACAGGUGUUCGAGUUCUCCGUGAAGGAUGGGUGGAGGCCGCUGUGUGAGUUUCUUGGUAAAGAGGUUCCCGCGAGGCCGUUCCCCCGAGUGAACGAGGGGAAUUUCAUUGCGCAAUAUUUGAAAUUGAUGUUUUGGAAGAGGGUUGUGGAGUUGGGGGUGCCGGUUUUGGUCGUGCUUGCGGUGUACUGGGUUGUUGGUGUGGUGUUUUGGUGGUGGAUUUUGCCGCAGUAG